AUGUCGCUGUACGACUGCAGCCCCAGCGAGGGGGUCGGCCUAUCCUUUGCCGCGUUCAACAUCCAAAACUACGGGAGGACCAAAGACCAGCGUCCCGUCACGAGGGAGGUCACGGCGGAAAUCAUCGGCCGGUAUGAUAUUCUGGGCAUGGAGGAGCUCUCGCAAAAGCCGCCCGACGCGGAGACGUGCCAGCCAGACGGGACGGGCUGCGGCGGGCCGCAGCACACCGACGAGUCCAACGAUGAGCAGUACACGCUCUUUUACGACCGCGCCAAGGCGUCCUUCGUCGAGGGCGACGAGUAUCCAGACACCAACGGCUACUACGCGCGUACCUACGUUAGUGGCGAGACGCACAAUCGCAUCCCAUACGCCUUUCUGCUCAGGGUGCCGAGCGGCGCGGGGGCUGACUGCGCCGCUGGCGUGUCCUGCGACGCCACGUUCGCCAUCGCGCUGACGCACACCAACCCUGACCGUGCAGAGGAGGAGAUCCGCAACUUUGGAAACGUGCUGUCAUGGAUGGAGGGCCGCUUUGGCGCCGAUUUCAACAUGAUCGCAGGCUUGCCCCACUACCUUGUGUGUGUGGAGAAGUUUACCUGA